AUGGAAGUUAUGGCCUGGGUUUCGAGCUGCUAUUGGCUUUUAGACAUUCCACUGUCAUUCCUGGUCGGCUACCCGCUUCUCGAGGAGGGAACCGUGGAAAUGCGUGUUCCGAAGAUUGCAGUCCAAUAUUUGCGAAGCUGGUUUAUUUUCGACAUUGCCGUGGUAUGUCUUGAUUGGGCGCUGCAUAUUUGGAGCUUCAUGUAUGCCGCAAACUCUGAUUCAGGCGCUGAUGCCGGUGUCGCCUUCUUUCGCACAGCGAAAACGAUCCGCUUACUCCGAUUCUUCCGCUUGAUCCGGCUGAUGAAGGCGCGUGGUCGGAUUAACGAUUUCGUCGAGCGGGUACAGUCUGAAGCUUCAUUGAUCUUGAUCGGCAUUGCGAAGCUUGUAGCUUUCAUUAUCCUCGUGAACCACUUGGUGGCCUGUGUGUGGUAUGCCAUAGGCAGCUACGAUCUCACCAGGGAAGACAGGUGGCUGCGUGCCAGUGGCCUAGAAGCCAGAAACAUUUGGUACAGGUAUUCUACUGCUCUCCAUUGGUCCAUCACGCAGUUCACACCAGCAUCUAUGGAAGUGGUUCCAGCAAACGAGUACGAGCGCUUCUUCACUGUUUGCAUGAUUUUGUCUGGGAUGCUCAUAUUCUCAUCAUUUGUGUCUGCGAUUACCAAUGCGAUGAACCAGCUGCGAAACCUCAACAGCUGGCGGCACGAACAAGAGUCACUGCUGCGGCGCUACCUCCAAGAGAACUCUGUCACACCCUCGCUCACAGCUCGCAUCCACAACUGCUUACAGAAAGCUUUGCAGCAGUCACGACGCCGUGUGCAUGUGGAUGAGAUCCGGAUACUGCAGCAGCUUCCGCUAAGCCUGAAGUUUGAGCUCACAAACGAAAUCUACGCACCAGCACUGGGAAAGCAUCCUUUCUUCACCUUCUGCCACAGUUGCUUGCCUUCGGAGUCCCGGAAGAUCUACAGCAAUGGCGUAUCACAGAAAUACUUGGUCAUCUCUCAGGAGCUACUGACCACCGGCGAAACGGGCAAACACAUGUUCUUUCUGACUUCGGGCACUUUGGUCUACACCAGGGAAGAGGAGCCCGAGCAGCAAGCCGUGACAACCACUCAACCUUGGUUGGUCGAGGCGGCAUUGUGGCUGAAGUGGCUGCAUGUCGGCACAGCCAGCAGCACUACCCACUGUGAGCUGCUCGGUUUGGAUGCCAGCAAAGUCCAGGAUGUCCUCAAGGACGAAGCCACCGUCAGGGCCUAUGCAAGGAAGUUUUGGAAGCAUUUCUCGGAGAACCCAAAGCUGCUCUCAGACAUUUGGAUCGACGAGGAGGCUGUAUACCACUGGGCUGCCAGUGCAAUGAGCAGGGCUGAAGAAAUCCUUGGACACAGCAUUCAGCCAGAACCUCUCAGCCCCAACUUCACAAGGUUUCUGAAUCGCUUCCGUCGACUGAGCACUGGGAUGUUGCGGCGCUUUUCUGUGGCAAGCAUGGACCCGGACGAUGCUGGGCAUGGGCCUGGAAAGCUGCCACCACAGCUGCAGGCCUUUUUCUGA